GAAGAACUAAAAUAUGGCAUCCCUUCCGUAUGCUGACGUAGAUUGUACCCUAAGAUCAAUCGCCGGUCAAGCCGAGGGCUUCGGCCGGUUUGCCAUCGGUGGUCUCCACGGUCCUCUAUUUCCCGUCACCUCAUUAUCCGACGACGGUCAGGGUUCUCUCCGAGAAGCCUGCCGGAGUCCGGAACCAGGUUGGAUCGUGUUCAAUGUGUCGGGAACGAUCCAACUAUCGUCGUACAUACACGUCGGUUCUCACAAGACAAUCGAUGGACGAGGAGAAAGAGUAAAGCUGAUGGGAAAAGGAUUGAGAUUGAAAGAGAGUGAAAAUGUGAUAAUUUGUAACAUGGAGUUAGAGGGAGGCAGAGGACACGAUGUUGACGGGAUUCAAAUAAAACCGAAUUCAAAGCAUAUUUGGAUCGAUAGGUGUAGUUUCAAAGAUUACGAUGACGGCCUGAUCGAUAUCACCCGAGGAAGCACCGAUGUCACCGUCUCGAGAUGUUAUUUUACUCAACAUGAUAAAACGAUGCUUAUAGGGGCAGACCCUAAUCAUGUAGGAGAUAGGAGUAUUCGGGUGACGAUUCACCUUUGUUUUUUCGAUGGAACACGACAAAGACAACCUCGUGUUAGGUUUGGGAAAGUUCAUUUGUACAACAAUUAUACUCGAAACUGGGAAGUUUAUGCUGUUUGUGCAAGUGUAGAAGCCCAGAUAUACUCGCAAUGCAACAUAUAUGAAGCUGGAAAGAAGAAGAAAACCUUCGAAUUUUACACAGAGAAGGCAGCCGACCGAGAAGACUCAUGUUCCGGCAUAAUAAGAUCGGAAGGAGACAUUUUUCUGAAUGGGGCACAAACAUGCAUACUAGCAGGCAUUAGUGAAAAUAUGUUCCAUCCAAGUGAAUAUUACAAAACAUGGACAAUGGAAGCUCCAUCGGAUUCUUUGAAGCAUGUCCUUCAAGUAUGCACAGGUUGGCAACCCGUUCCUCGACCUGUUGAUCGCGUUUAA